AUGGCUGCAACGACAGCCAAGCUUAACUCCAUUUCCAAAGAAUGCUUCCAACAAUGGCAGCACUACUGUGAGAAGUGUGCGAGUCCCAAGGAGACUACAUUGAGGAUGAUCGGAUUUCCAACUCUCCAGACUCCCAGGCCCGAGUCAGAUCUCACAGAAGUACUUGGAUCAGCAUUUACCACAGAUCCAAGAGUGAGUAAAGUUGAAUCUGAUCCAUGUCAACGUCAUUACGUGUACAGCCAAUUGCUCUUUCCCUCUUUUCAGAAGUUCUUGGGAUCACCAUUUUCUGCAGGUCCAGAAAAGGCUUCAUUUGUGGAGAGUCAAAGCAGAUAUCAGCAAGCAGGUCCUGCAGAGAUUCUUCGACCCUUCCAAUAUAUUUCCGAGGUGUCAGAAGGAUCUGAAGAACAUGGCAAUGACAGUCCAAUACCUAGCAACACACACAGAUUAGUGACACUAAUUAGUAAAUUGGCAGACAAUCAUGGUUGCGUCAGCCUCCAGUCUCUAUAUUGCAAACUUGGUUCAAAUGGUUUGUACCUAUCCAGAGGUGUGUUGUUCUUACCAAAGAAGAUCUGGCACAUGAGUAUGAUAUGCGAUAGUCAAGUUCCAUAUGCAUAUUGGGUCAAGAGUGGUUCAUAUGAUGAUAUGAGAAAUUCUUCUGACACCUCGGAAAUAUAUUGGAAGGGUCGAAGAUCUCUGCAGGACCUCUGCAAAUAUGAUAUUUUAGAAACUCCUUAUAAAUCAAAAGUCAGGCGUAUAAUUGAAAUAAUCAGAACUGUAGAAAAACUCGCAGAGAUCUCGCAACAAGAAGCAAAGGCAAUUGAAAAAGUCCAAGAAGAAUAUUUGGAAUUCAUGUUUUUAAUGGAAAAUGGAAAUGCAGAUCUGUUAAGUAGUACCGACCUUUCGCUGGGCCCAAAAAAAACCACCGGAGAGUUGGAAAUCCGAUCAUCCCUCAAGGUAGUCUCCUUGGACUCGCACACUUCUCACAGUAGUGCUGCCAUUGUUGAAGCAUUCUUGCGAACAGGAGUUAAGCUUGCGCUGUCGUUGCAGCCAUAA